CGGAAGUGAUGGCGGAAUUUGUUGACAGCGGAGCCCGUAGGAUACCCAAGUGAGGAGGAGGAGGAGGAGGAGGAGGAUCGGCUGUGAGCACGGCCCGGGACGGAGAGACCCAGCCCUGAGCCGCCGUGUCUGUGCCGGGCACCGUCAGGAGGAGUCCCCGGGGUAGGCUGCGGGAGACCACACUGGCUAUUAAAGGAAACGUGCUCCCCUAAUGAGCCAGAAAAGCUAACAAAGGAGGAGGGCAUCCAUCUUUCUGGUGCCCAUUCUACCCAGUAACAUUUACUCUACCGCACCUUACCAAGAUGGCGUCUGACAGCCCGGAGUCUCUCAUGACCAUCUGCACUGACUUCUGCCUCCGGAACUUAAAGGGGACUCUCUGCUACCUCUUAGACAAUGAAACCUUGCGUCUACAUCCAGAUAUCUUCCUGCCCAGCGAAAUCUGUGACCGGCUGGUGAAUGAGUACAUUGAACUGGUGAAUUCGGACAGCAGUUUUGAGCCCCACGAGAGCUUCUUCACCCUGUUCGCUGAGCCGCAGAGCACCCGUCUCACACGUCUACAUUUAAGGGAGGAUAUUGUCCAGGACCAAGAUCUAGAAGCCAUCUCUAAGCAAGACCUGAUUGAACUGUACCUUACAAACUGUGAGAGGCUGACAGCCAAGAGCCUGCAGAACCUGGCAAACUUCAAAUCUACCCUAGUAUCCCUAAGCCUCUUUGGAUGCAGCAACAUCUUCUAUGAAGAGGAGAACCUGGGUCGCUAUGACGACACGGACUGCCUGGUGAACCCCACCCGUCAGAUCCUGUCCCGGGACUUCACUUUUCAGGGAUUCCAACAGCUACGUUUCCUAAACCUUGGCUGCAUCACCAAGGGGGUAGACAUUGAGAUGAUGCUGCGCCCUCUGCUUUGUUUAAAAGCUCUAAAUCUUUCGGGAAUUCAGAUGAACGACAUCAGCUUUCUGACUCAGUGGAAAGACACAUUGGUGUCUCUAGUCUUGUACAACAUGGACCUGUCUGAGGAGCACAUCCGAGUCAUAGUACAGCUGCAGAAACUCAGGCACCUGGAUAUCUCCCGUGAUAGACUAUCAAGUUACUACAAGUUCAAACUCACUCGCAAGGUACUAAACCUGUUUAUGCAGAACCUGGAAGAACUAGUCUCCUUGGACAUCUCUGGUCACACAAUGCUGGAGAACUGUGCCACCUCCAAGAUGGACGACGAAUUGGGUCCUCCUAGUACCAACCCUAGUAAGAGCAGUAUCAUUCCAUUCCGAUCCCUGAAGAGGCCUCUGCAGUUCCUGGGCCUUUUUGAAACCUUCUUCUGCCACCUGACGCACAUCCCGGCCUACAAGGUGAGUGGAGACAAAAAUGAGGAGCAAGUGCUGAAUACCAUUGAAUCGUACACUGAGCAUCGUCCUGAGAUAACCUCCCGUGCCAUAAAUCUCCUGUUCGAUAUUGCUCGUAUAGAGAGGUGCAACCAGCCGCUGCGGGCCUUGCAGUUGGUAAUCGCUGCCCUCAAGUGUCACAAGUACGAUAAAACGAUCCAGGUGACGGGAAGUGCCGCCCUGUUCUACCUGACAAAUUCUGACUACCGCAGUGAGCAGAGCGUGAGGCUACGGCGGCAGGUCAUCCAAGUGGUGCUAAACGGAAUGGAAUCAUACCAGGAAGUGACAGUGCAGAGAAACUGCUGCCUGACGCUGUGUAAUUUCGGCAUCCCCGAAGAGCUGGAGUUCCAGUACCAGAGGGUGAAUGAGCUGCUGCUUAAUAUACUGAUCCCGACACGGCAGGACGAGUCCAUCCAGCGCAUCGCUGUCCAUCUUUGCAAUGCCCUGGUCUGCCAGGUGGAUAACGACCACAAGGAGGCCGUGGGCAAGAUGGGAUUUGUCAUGACUAUGCUGAAACUAAUACAGAAGAAACUCCAGGACAAAACAUGUGACCAGGUGAUGGAAUUUUCAUGGAGUGCCCUGUGGAACAUCACAGAUGAGACCCCAGAUAACUGUGAGAUGUUCCUCAAUUACAGCGGCAUGAAACUAUUUCUGGAUUGCCUAAGAGAAUUUCCAGAAAAGCAGGAACUUCAUCGCAACAUGCUGGGGCUUCUGGGAAAUGUGGCAGAGGUGCGGGAACUCCGGCCACAGCUGAUGACGUCACAGUUCAUCACAGUUUUCAGCAACCUCUUGGAAAGCAAAGCAGAUGGGAUUGAAGUGUCCUACAAUGCCUGCGGGGUGCUGUCACACAUUAUGUUUGAUGGACCCCAGUCCUGGUACAUUGGAGGACCGACACGCCAGGAGGUGGAGGAACGUAUGUGGACAGCAAUUCAGAGUUGGGAUAUCAGCUCCAGAAGGAAUAUUAACUACCGGUCAUUUGAGCCAAUUCUUCGGCUUCUACCCCAGAAUGUUUCUCCGGUCAGCCAGCAUUGGGCGACAUGGGCCCUGUACAAUCUUGUAUCUGUAUAUCCGGACAAAUACUGCCCCCUGUUGAUUAAAGAAGGAGGGCUCCCGCUGCUGAUAGAUGUGCUUAAAAUGCCUACUACACGACAAGAAACCAAGGACAUGGCCAGGAAAGUUCUUGAUCAUUGUGAUAGUUAUAAUGAAGAGAGCAUGGACACAUUAUUAUAAAGAGACUGUAGGAAGCCAUCUGUAUCAUUCUCUGCACUUCUUCACAGAAGACAUUUGAAACAAGAGGUAGCCGUGUGUGUCCGGCGCCACCAAGUGGUCAGAGGACUUAUUUGCACAAGACAGUCUUGUCAUCCGUGGUUUAUUAUUUUUUUAUUUUUGCUAUUGAUUUCUCUUUGGGUGUGGUUACUGUAGAAGACUACAAGAGCGACAGAGGAUACAAGAAAUAUAUACGAGUACUAGUGUAAUCCAGGAUGUUGUGUAGGUACCUUUGGAAGCUCCUGGACAGGGGAUGCAGUUGUUCCCCACGCAACUUGCAGAUGCCUCACAGACUUUGCAACCCGAUGGUUAAAAAAACACAGAAUAAAAAGUUACCACAUUCAUUUAUGUAACUACCAGCUGAUUCCCAGCAUUUAAUAAUGAAACAUUUUUGCCAACUUAAUGAUCGCCAGCUUUGAUUAUUAUAUUACAACAACCCUAAGACAUUUGGUUAGGUAAGAAAAAACUGUGUCGUAUAUAUGGAAAAUGUCUGAUCACACUUCAGCACUACUAGAACCAUGGGACAAGAAGCACUCGACGGCUACCCAUAUUUACUUAUGGAAAAUGCUUUUUUCUGGCCUGGACCAUCCUUUUUCCCCAAAAAAUAAAAGUGUGAAUCUGUGACAAGAGGCAAGGACGUUUGAAAACUAUAUAAGAAUCCUAUCUUACGUAAUAGAAAAAUGAAGAAACAGAAUUUGCACCACCACUGCCAGUGAAGCCUACCCAGAGGGCUAUGUGCUGCUUAAGACUGGCGCAAAGUAAAAUUUGCAUAAGCCUAAAAUUUAACAAGUAUAGUCUGUCCUGGAUGUUUUUAAUUAUUUUUUUUUCUUUCUUCAAUAACAUAUUUCCAUGUAAGUCAUAAUCUUACAUUAAGGGGUUAAAAUAAUAUUGUGAAAGCGUAUUCUACUUGUAUAUGUAAGUGUGAGCAGUGACCGGGUGGGUUAACCUACCUAGUGUAAUAGCCUUGGGAGGCUGCCAAUGAGAAAACAUGGUAAACCGAGGGUGUAAUCUCCUCACCAAUAAGGGAGCCUGGGAGAAAAAUAAACAUGUACCCAUCUUGCUUUUUAGAAAUGUUUGAGGACUUUUCACGAGUCUUCCAAGGACAACGUGCCAAACCAACCUUGGUAUUGUGACUGGCGCUAGAGAUUUAAAUCACAAUGACCUCUGACCUCUCAGUUGAUUUGUCCCCGUAGUUCUUUUAAGAGGUUUCCUCACCUACACGCAGCAGUAGCAGCCAUUUUGUGGACUGAACCAAUAUUCAAGGGAAUGGAGCCUUAUCCGUACAUUAGUAACUUGCGACAUCUCUUGCAUGCCUCAGUGAUGUCUCUAGUUCCCACUUUAUAGGUUGGAUAUUGGGUUCACACCACAUAUUGUCUGCCUUGACUGCGCCUGGGUGACUGGGCCACUUUAUUCACAAAUUGUGGUUAGCGCUAGUUGCACAAAUAAAUAUGGACAGUUGCCAUUUUGAAAUCGAGAUGUGAAACUGUAUACUGUCCUAAAGCAAUAGAACAGUAAUGUUUUUCUUCAGUCUGCUUGAAAGUUGUAAGUAUGUAUGUGUAUAAAAUAUGUAUUUUUUUUUC